AUGGUGCAUCGCACCGAAUCUCUUCCCUUAUUCGACGAGCGAUUCAUCAAUUACGGAUUCAACAAGGUGCAGUGGAUCGAGAACUUGAGAUACUUUGGCUACGAAUUCUACGUUCUCUCUCACGCGUAUGCGGUCGAUAUUCCUCACUCCUUGUCCGGAUAUGCCAUGGAGUAUCGAAAUGAAUUCAAGUCCAAGAGUGUGGACAUGCUGGGGUUGUACAGAAGAUUCUUGGUGAGUAUGCGUGCUUCGCACAAAGAUGAGAGUCGUCAGUUGUUGUGUUUGCGUUCUGAUAAAGGAAUUUCCAAAUUUACGCAUCUGUGAUUAUUGUCGUGA